AUGUUCAAAAUUCUCGAGAUCAAACUCAUUGAAAAUGAGUCCUUUGAGGCAACUUUGGAGUUUGGAAUUCGCUUGGUGAUGCCGUGGAAUGCCGUUCUGGGAAACUACUUGAGUGUGUGCAGGGUCGUGGUUGCUGACGAUGACACAUUCCCGACAAACAGGAACCAUGACCUCCUUCGCAGAGACAGGGCUGCAGAAAUACAUCCUAUGGUUCUUUGGAAAGAGUACUUGAGGAUGACAUUGAAGGACAAGAAUGUGCGCAAGGCAGCCACCUAUAACCUUCUCACGGAUCAGGUCAGGAAUUUUUCAUACUUGUGGCAGGUAAUGCUUACAAAGUACUUGAUCGACCAAGUUCUGGCAGACGAGAUCCAACCAUUCUUUACAGACCCAAUGAUGCCGAAAGGAAGGGAAGAGCGUGUUUGGGUCACUCUGGGCCUUUCUUUCGUGCCCCAUGCCGUAAUGCUCUUGUUGAAUCGGAUGAAGGCGGAACGGCGUAUACAAGGAAUGGUUGUGAAUCAGCUGCAAGGCCAGCAAAUUUUGAAAUAUUUGAAUUACAACGAGACGUCUCGAGAAUAUGUGUCCACGUCGGAUCUGGCAAUGGCCAUCACACGUGAUGUGCCCGAGCUGGUGGAGCAUGGUUUCAUGGGCAUCUUCCAGCUGGUGGAGAACCUUGGCUUGGUGCUGGUCCUUGGAGUUCUGAUGCUCGCGCAAAGCACUGAAAUAUCAGCUUUGACUUUCAUACUGUUCUUGCUGAUUCCUAUAGCAAUGUUGAUAUUCAUCUAUAUCCGCCAUCCAGAAACCGAGCGUCGAGAUCGGCUAGUGUUUCGUCGGCAGACGGAGAUGUUGAUACUGGUUCAUCAAGUGACUGACAACACACGGCUGAUUUGCGACUACUUUCAAAAGCCUCAAACCAUUGUAGGCUUCAAUGACAGAGUGGCUGCAUGCAAUCGAGCGACAACUUUGGCAACCAUGUUUAGGGUGACCAAUCAAGAAUUUGCCCCAUUUAUGACAACCAUUGUCAUAACCGUGUACGUUGCUUCUUCUUACUCAGCCGUUGUUGACAAAGUAAUCACCAUCGGCGAGUUUCUGACCUUUGUUGCUGUUUGGAGGAGCAUUGGAGGGGCCUAUCAGAACGCCUACAAAGACAUGCUAAAAGUUCAACAAGCCGCUGCACCAUUGCUGAACAUUAUCCACUACAUGAAUCUUCCUGUAGAUACAUUGGAGCGCUUGGAAGUCAACAGGGAAUUGCUUGCAGAUGGAUUCGUUGCACAAAGCCAGGUGCACCACUUGGAUUUGAACGUGGGACAAUUGCAAAUUCACCAUUUGUCGAUCACGAGGGGAUUGUCGCACUUAACCAGAAGAAGGUUCAAGCAAAAUAUCCGCAGGAUCUUGUCCAGAUUUAUGGAGAAGACAUCAACUUUACGUACCCUUCAAGGCCCAAAGACGGCGGCCUUUUGUUGGAGGGUGCGACCUUCACCAUCAAGCAAGGCAAGCUAG